CAAACAGAAACGAGGACGAAUUUCUAAACAGAAAGACAAUUGACUAAGUUAUAUAGGUUUAAAUAAGGGCAGAGGAAAGCCGAAGACAACCCUGCGCAACUUUAUGAGAUAUUUCUUCAUUUUCCACCAUGAAGACCUCCAAGACAGCAUUGCAGACCUCUACUCAAGAGGAGUGUGGUGUUUGGCUGGACACAGUGCAACUUAAAGGAAAAGCUAAUCAGAAACGUCACACCCGUCCCAUUUCUAAACUGCUGAACCCAUUUGCUGAUGGUCGAGGAUACAGUUUGGCUGUGGCUCUCAACUUUACUCAGACCAAAAUAGAAAUGCCAAAGACCAAACAGAGUUCUAUAUCAGCCUUCUUCACACCUCAACACAGAGUUCUCAAUAAGAUGUCUACUUCUGAAGUACCAAACAUGGAUCCAGCGCUGUCCUUCUCAGCAUCUACCUCAACUGCACCUGCGCCUAUUGCAUCAGGGACAAAACGAAGACGAGAAGCAAGUCUUGAAAAGUCUGAUUCUGAGCCUGGUGUGGAUUGUGAGUGGAAUAGUGAAAAUGUUACAGAGCCUGAGCCUGAGGCAACAGUGUGCCAGGAGAAAGGCGAAGCAAGCUAUACACCUUCUCAAAACAUGCGCUAUGAGUCUGAGGAAGAGCAGUCUGAAGAGUUCAAUCCACCACAGUGUAAGAAGAGGUGCAUUGAUACGUCCUCAUUACCAGGUGAUAGUCAGCCUCCUCCACAGGCAUGGAGUCAGGACCCACUGCUCACCUAUAGCCAAUAUUCUGACAGUGAGUCUUACCUGACUAAUCAGAAAAACACCACUACGGCGAACUUCAACGACUCUGAGCCAAGUGUCCCAGACAGUCUACAGAGUGAGGAGGCCUUUGGAUUUCAGAUGGAUCUGAAGGGGAGAACCUCGACUCAAAAAUCCCUUAAACACUUUCAUUCGUCUCAGGUGGGGGAUGACAAAGAAAACAGCAGCAUUUUGUAUUCUAGGUCCCCAAGUAAGCACUCAUUUUUCGCUCAUACUGAACUUCUUUCAAAUCACGAAUGGACAGAACCAAAAACUGCAUCACCUCAAAAACACACCGCUAAUCAACUGUGGAAGAAGGCUGAUAAAGAAGAGAGCUACAUCUCACAGUUCAGAUGGACAAAACCGAGCAGCUCUCCUUUUAAAAAACGAGCACCGCCACAGCAGCAAAGCAGAGAGGUUGAUGAAGACAGUCUGGCCAUGUUGUUCACCCAGGACUCUGUAGGCUUCAGGGUGAUAGCACAUAGAGGUCAGCGAGUCAGGAGUCCUCUCAAAGAUCAAAGCAACAUAAGCACUGUGGUUGUGACAGCUAGUGCCUACAAGUCUUAUGUGGAGGACGAGGAAGAUGACAUGCUCUUUACUCAAGACUCUCAAGGAAAUGUGGUGAUCAAACACUGAAAGGAAGUAUUUGAAAGUCAUUACAGGUCUUGCGGUUUGUGGAUUGUAAAUCUUUACUUUUUAAAAUGUGUCAAAACGGGAAACUCUUGUUGUUACUGUAUCAACCUGACUCACUCACCUUGCGCCUCCUGAAAAUAUUGAUACUCCUCUUU